AGUCAUUAUGUGUGUUGUCUGUUCCAGAGACGUGUCUCACAGAGAGAAGAGCUCCUCUGUGUGUGUGUGUGUGUGUGUGUGUGUGUCUGUCUUUUCUAGCAAUCAGAAGUUUUUCUGGGAAGAUCAUCAUCACAGUUUCCCUCAGUCAGCAGUCCUCUCCUGUUAAUAAACACUCAGCAGUGUCAGAAGUGUCGCUCUCCAGCUCGUGGUUCUUCCUCAAAACACAUCCAGAUUUCUUCCUUCUCCAUGCUGCAUUCUCACACAGGAUGUUCCUACUGCUCCACACUGAGGAUCUGCUCCACACUGAGGACCUGCUCCACACUGAGGACCUGCUCCACACUGAGGACCUGCUCCACACUGAGGACCUGAUCCACACUGAGGAUCUGCUCCACACUGAGGAUCUGCUCCACACUGAGGACCUGCUCCACACUGAGGACCUGCUCCACACUGAGGAUCUGCGCCACACUAAGGACCUGCUCCACACUGAGGAUCUGCUCCACACUGAGGAUCUGCUCCACACUAAGGACCUGCUCCACACUGAGGACCUGCUCCACACUGAGGAUAUGUCAACACUGAGGACCUGCUCCACACUGAGGACCUGCUCCACACUGAGGAUCUGCUCCACACUGAGGAUCUGCUCCACACUGAGGAUCUGCUCCACACUGAGGACCUGCUCCACACUGAGGACCUGCUCCACACUGAGGAUAUGUCCACACUGAGGAUAUGUCCACACUGAGGACCUGCUCCACACUGAGGACCUGCUCCACACUGAGGAUCUGCGCCACACUAAGGACCUGCUCCACACUGAGGACCUGCUCCACACUGAGGAUAUGUCAACACUGAGGACCUGCUCCACACUGAGGACCUGCUCCACACUGAGGACCUGCUCCACACUGAGGAUCUGCUCCACACUGAGGAUCUGCUCCACACUGAGGAUCUGCUCCACACUGAGGAUCUGCUCCACACUGUUUUAGAGGGCGAAGCAACGGGUGACAUCAGCAGGUCACAUGACCUUAACAUGUCUGUAAUCUGUACCUGCUCUAGGAGCUGAUUAUAUUCCCUGAAAUAAGUGACCUCCUUCCCGUCUGUUCCUGGGUUUAGCUGAUUCUCUUCACUAGAACUUGAGAUGAUGAAAAUGGAGAUCUCUUCGCAGUUUAUGUGAGAGACCAGCAGCUGUGAACUUUUCCUUCUCAUUCCUUCUGUGCUUUCACACAGCGAGAGAUUCCACUCUGGAACAGUGUGAGGAAUUGAUUUCAGUAAAAACACAAAUAACUUCAGAAGGACUUGUUUCUGGAUCAGAAUCACACACACACACACACACACACACAUGUAGCAUUCCCAAUUGAGACCAGAUCAUCUGAGUUAUCUAAAAUCUGAAUAAUAAUUAAAUCCAUUUAGCUGUGUUCUUCCCAACGUUUUCUGACAAUAAGCUCAGGUUUCUCCUCAUUAUAUAUAAAAAAACAACUCCUCUCCUCUUUGUUUCUUCCUGGAAAUGUCCCACAUGUUGAUCUCUUUAUCUCCUCUGAAGACGAGGUUCUUCAGUAAGUGAAAUGUUAUAUAAGUCUAGUGGUCAGAUAUCACACUCGUGUUGGAGGUCUUAUCUCUCCCUUUAGGUCUUAACACACCAUGCAGAAUGCAGUAGCACCAGUGUUAUCAUUCCUGAUGGAGGAUGGAAGUUCUUCUGUACAUCUGAAUACAUGAAGAAACAUAUAUUUUCACUAAACACCUAAAAGAAAUACAAAAACCACAACAUCCCUGAGCUUUUGAAGCCAUGCUCCAUCUUUCAGCUCUGCCUCUAGACUCAAGCUGAUCCAGUGUUUGGAGAAAACAUCUGCUUAGUGCCAUUAAGUGCCAUUAAGUGUGUGUGUGUGUGUGUGUGUGUGUGUGUGUGUGUGUGUGUGUGUGUGUAUGAAUCUCUAGAGGACAUGGUCGUAAAAAUCUGAUCUGGAUUCUUUCCCAAAAUUAAAUUCCAUUCUCCUGGAGGACAAACCAGAGAGAGAGAGAGAGAGAGAGAGAGAGAGUGUGUGUGCCUGAAUGUGUGUGUGUGUGUGUGGGAGGGGUGUAAGUGUGUAUGAAAGUGUAUAAGAAAUUUCUUGAGUCUAAUUUGCUCCUCUUUUUUUGUAAGCAAAAACAUGUUGAUCUGAAUUUCUGCAUUUGGGGAAUGUUCAACUUCUUUCCUCUGAACAAUUCCUACGGUGUUUUCUCUUUCUAUCGUAACACUGUAACACUGUAGCACUAACACUGUAGCACUAUAACACUGUAGCACUAACA